AUGAGCCCCGAAGCUCAGAAGAACACCGGUCGCCUGGUGCGGGGCAUCGAUGCCAACACGCAGCGAUUGCUGGCCGCCGAGAUGAACGACGAUGCGAGUUAUCGUCGGCUGCGAGCGUUGAAGAUUAUUGAAGUGAUGGACAAUCACUUGGACAUGGAAGCGGACUUGAUCAAAGCCUUAGGGCAUGAAGAUCAUUUCCUGCGAGCCGAGGCGGCCAAGCUGCUUUCGCGCUGUCCUUCUUCGCGAUCGGUCACGGCACUGCGUGAAGCGAUGCUUGAUCGAAACGUUCGCGUGCGCGAGAACGCCGAGUCGAGUUUGCGACGGAUCGCGGGAACCAAGUCCCUUCCGCCAGCGAUCGACAAGUCGGUCGCCAGCGCUCAGCAAAUGGUCGACUUCCGAGCGAUGGGAGAGCACUUCCGUGCCGACAACGCCCACAUCAACAUCCCACACGUGAUCAUCCUGAUCGUGGCUGUGCUGUUGAUUGCGACGCUGAUCUGGGCUCUUUCGCGAUGGCAAGAAAACACGGCCGCUUGGAAUCUUGAUAACCCGCAGCGGUUGUUUACUGAUCUUUGUAAGAAGCAUGAGUUGUCUUCGCACGACUCUAUGCUGCUGAAGAAGAUCGGCCGCGAGCUACAGUUGACGCAUCCCGCGAGCUUGUUUGUUGACCCAAGUUUGUUGGUUUCGGCGAUGCAGCUAGAGAAGUUCCAAGAGCUGCAUGAUGAACUGACCCAUUUGGGCGAAGAGUUCUUUGGCUUCCAUCUGUGGAAACAGGCCAUCGCGGCCGACAGCCUGGUGCAUAAAGAAGCCACGACCGCCUAG